AUGGCAUCCUUAACCCAAACCUUGUCCGAGUCGGAUGUACAUUCUACUCUCUCACUCACCUCAUCCUUUUCAUCUUUGCAUACCUCACGAAUUCCAGAACAAUCUCUUCUGCCCGAAAGUCAAAACACUUUCCUCAGAUUUUCCCUUCUUCCUCGCAAUAUUCGCUGCAUGAUCUGGCGUCAAGCUUUCCUCGAAACUCAACCCCCUCGCCUAAUCGAAGUUCGUGCCGAAAUCGUAGAAAAUCUGCACUGGAACUUAGACUGCGAAAAAACGAUCUUCCCUGAGCCAACGGGAUCCUCUGUUCUGAGAUGGACUGAAGUUAAUUCGCGAAGUCAAUGUACGAUUGAAAUGGUAUCCCAUGAAAGCAGAGCCGUCGUAGAAAGCAUGUGGGAUUACUGUCUUAACGACAAGCACCCGGAGAAUCUUGACUUCAUUGAAGAGUACAUAGGAGACGAUGGGAUGGAGGAUCCAAUAUACGUGGACAGAAAAGUUGUUGAAGAAAGGCUGGGUGCCAUGUUCAGAAGAGGAAUCAAGUUCUUGAGAGAUCAGGACACGAUAUACUUCAAGACGGACUAUGGAACCAUUCGAGCUCUGCAGGAUGUGAGGUCCAGUAUGAUUAGUUUUCAGAGAGUGCGGAAAGUAGCCGUUGAUAUAUUUUGUAUUGGGCAUUACUUGUUGAACAAACAACUCUUUGAGGGCUGGUUUGAGGACGAUGAUUGUGUCGAAAUAGAACGUGUGAAGGAGAAGCCAUUGUUGGCCGAAAUAGAGGAGCUGACGAUAGUCGUGGAAAAUAUUCCACCACAAAGCAAAUCGUUGCCGGAAACUCGGAACAUUUCGUCCCAGUUUGAAGAACAGCAACCAACAGUUACUAGAGACAAUUCUACCGUCACCGAUGAGACAUUGACACCAUGA